GCAGAGAAUCCAAACCCGGAUUUGGUUGCAUGAACUUAACUGGAUUGCAUAACACCCUACACGUCCGUUCAACUUUGUAAUUCCACUAGGAUUAUCGAUUUCCCAAUUCAGGGAAUCGAUUUCAGACAAAACUGAAGUCGGCGGCAUAAGGCUCCGAGUUCACACCAUACUUCAAAAACUCCGACGACUUCAAUCAUUGUUCCCAAUCACGCCCUAAUUUGAUUCAUUCUGCUGGAUUGCAGAUCGAUCGUUAAUUUUUGGGAAGCACAUGAGCUGUUUUGUUUGGCUUGGUUGCUGCUGAUUAAUUUGUCUCCGGGGGCGAGGGGCAAUCUAUUCAUUCAGAUAAAGAUGGAUUUGGUAACGAGUUGCAAGGAAAAAUUGGCACAUUUUCGGAUAAAAGAGCUUAAGGAUAUUCUUACUCAACUUGGCCUUUCCAAGCAAGGAAAGAAACAGGAUCUUGUUGACCGGAUAUUAGCUAUUCUCUCAGAUGAUAGAGUUUCUGGAAUGUGGGCCAAGAAAAGUGCCAUUAGGAAGGAAGAGGUGGCAAAACUAGUUGAUGACAUUUACAGAAAGAUGCAGAUCCCCGGGGCAUCUGACUUGGCAUCAAAAGGCCAGGGCGUUUCAGAUAUCACUGUUAAUACCACAUUCAAGGAGGAAGUUGAAGACACUUAUCGGAUAGAAAAAGUUCGCUGUCCCUGUGGUAGUUCUUUGCAAGCAGAUGCAAUGAUAAAGUGUGAAGACCAUAGAUGCAAUGUGUGGCAGCAUAUUGGUUGUGUAAUUAUCCCAGAGAAGCCGGUGGAGGGUAUUCUACCAGCACCUCCCCCAACUUUUUAUUGUGAACUCUGUAGGCUUGGUCGUGCAGAUCCGUUCUGGGUACCCGUGGGACAUCCUCUAUAUCCUGUGAAGCUGACUAUUGCAAAUGCCCCCACGGAUGGUACAAGCCCUGUGCAGAGUGUUGAAAAAUCUUUUCAGCUUACAAAAGCAGACAGGGAUUUGUUGGGAAAACCAGAAUUUGAAAUUCAGGCCUGGUGUAUGCUCCUGAAUGACAAGGUUUCUUUUAGAAUGCAAUGGCCACAAUAUGCAGAUUUACAAAUCAACGGUAUGCCCGUGCGAGCAAUCAAUCGACCUGGCUCUCAACUUCUGGGGGCCAAUGGCCGUGAUGAUGGGCCUGUUAUCACGCAAUGCACUCGUGAAGGAAGUAACAAAAUUUCCUUGACAGGCUGUGAUGCUCGUGUUUUCUGUUUGGGUGUCAGAAUUGUGAAACGGCGCACAGUUCAACAGAUUCUCAAUCUCAUUCCCAAAGAGUGUGACGGUGAGAGGUUUGAAGAUGCUGUUGCACGUGUUUGUCGCUGUGUUGGUGGUGGGCCUGCUACAGAAGAUGCAGACAGUGACAGUGAUUUGGAGGUCGUGGCUGAUUCUAUACCGGUUAAUCUACGAUGUCCUAUGAGUGGUUCAAGAAUGAGAAUUGCUGGAAGAUUUAAACAUUGUGCUCAUAUGGGGUGCUUUGAUCUUGAAGUAUUUGUGCAAAUGAACCAACGGUCUCGCAAGUGGCAAUGCCCCAUUUGUCUCAAGAACUACUCUUUGGAGAAUGUCAUUAUCGAUCCGUAUUUUACUCGUAUCACAACUAAGAUGCGGAAUUGUGGAGAGGAUCUAACAGAAAUUGAGGUGAAACCAGAUGGUUGUUGGCGUGCAAAGGCAGAUAAUGACCAAAAGAGUUUAGGGGAACUUGGGCAGUGGCAUUUACCUAAUGGUACUCUCUGUGUUCCAGUGGAAGUCGAGUCUAAACCUAAGCCAGAACCUUUAAAGCUAGUUAAACAGGAAGGUGUUUCUGAACAUACGAGUUUGAAGCUUGGGAUAAAGAAAAACAGAAAUGGUAUUUGGGAAGUCAGCAAACCUGAAAAUCUUCAUUCACUUUCUUCAGGCACUAAGUUACCAGAAAACUUCGUGAAUAAUGGGCAUAAUGUUAUUCCUAUGAGCAGCAGUGCUACUGGCAGUGGUAGAGAUGGUGAAGAUCCUAGUAUUAAUCAGGAUGGUGGCGGGCAUUUUGGUUACUCUACCACCAAUGGGGCAGAUCUUGGUUCUCUUUCACCAAACAUUGAUCCAGGCUACGGGUUUACUGACCUAAAUCCGCAUUCUACAGUAGGGGAUGCAGAUAUUAUUGUUCUCAGUGAUUCAGACGAAGAGACUGAAAACCUAAUGUCAUCUGUACCAGUCUAUAAGAAUGGUAGAGAAGAUGCUGACAGAGUUGCAUUUUCUGUUCUUCCUAAUGGAAUUACAGAGCCACAUAAUGAUGAUCCUGCCCUCAUUGCUGGGGGGAAUUCUUGCCUUGGUCUCUUCAAUAGCAAUGAUGACGAUUUUGGGCCCUUUUGGAAUUUGCCUUCUACUAGUAGUCAAGGGGGACCUAGCUUUCAGUUAUUUGGAUCAGAUGAGAAUCCUGUGGACGCCUUAAUUGAUGUGCAUCAUGGUCUUGGUUGUCCCACAUCAAUGGAUGGCUUCACAUUGACAGCCGAGACUGCCAUGGGUUCUGCAGCACUGGUUCCCAAUUCUUCAGUUUAUCAAUCUAACGUUGAUAUGAAUGAUGGGUUGGUUGAUAAUCCCUUGGCAUUUGGACACGAUGAUCCAUCGCUUCAGCUCUUUCUUCCCACAAGGCCAACAGAGGCAGCAGAGCAGGUGGAGUCGAGAGAUCAGCCGACUGUAUCGAAGGGUCUGCAUGGUGAUGAUUGGAUAUCCCUCAGUCUAGGUGGUGGUGGCGGCGGCAGUGGGGUUACUUGUGAACCUGCUGCCACGAAUGGGUUAAACUCGAGUCAGCCACCACCAUCCAAAGAUGGUGCCCUGGAUUCAUUCGCAGAUACUGCUUCUUUGCUUCUUGGAAUGAAUGGCAGUAGAUCUGGAAAGAGUAGCAGAGAAAGAUCUAAAAACCAUGUAUUGUUUCCCCGGCAAAAGCGGUCAGUAAGACCAAGAUUGUAUCUAUCUAUUGACACAGACUCUGAAGAAGAAAGAUAGAGGUUAAGGAAGUGUGGGUUGUUGAUUCUUUUUGCUUUCUUCUUCCAUGUUGAAAGCUGACCAACAUUUUUGACCCCUAGAAGAACAUUAUUAGGCAGCAUCACCAGAGUUUUUAAUUAUAAGUUUCAUCAUUCUUAUAGCCACCCAUUGCUAGGUAAUCUUAUGGUGCUUUUUGUUAAAACAUAGAUUAUUUGUGGCUCUGAUCAUAAAUGAUCUGGUAGCAAAUAGCGUCUGUAAAUGUCAUUUACCCUGAGACGUUGCUGUUAUUUAAUAGAGAAAUAUAGCCCCUGGAUUUGGUUGUAAUUCUCUCAGUUGAUGUCAAUCAGCUGAUCA